ACUUAUAUUUGUUUAAAGAGUUUGUUCUAACUUCUUCGGUACCGGAACUAAUAUGGCAAAGCCUUCGCCUGUGAACAUACCAACCACAACUCUAGAGGACUACGCUCACAGUCCAUUCCACUACGCCGUCGUUUUAGGAGACCACGCCGGUCUGAUCCGUCUCGUCUCGUCCUUGCCCAAGCUAACCGACCCGGACCAAAUCCAAACCGAGUCCGACUCACUGAGCCAAGAGCGAGUCGCCGAGAUAAUCUCCGCCGUCAUCGACCGCCGCGACGUUCCGUUCGGAGAAACGCCUCUCCAUCUCGCGGUUCGCCUCGGCGACGUCCUCGCCGCAAAGACGCUUUCCUCCGCCGGCGCCGACGCCGCGCUCCGGAACGUCGCCGGAUGGACCGCUUCGCACGAGGCGGUUCGCCGCGGGAACGCCGAGAUCGCGGAGAUGAUUCUCCGUCAUCAGCGGCGUUCCGCUUGGUGCAGGUGGAGACGGAGGCUGCCGCGUCUGAUCGCGGUUCUCGGCCGGACGAGAGACUUCUACGUGGAGAUUACCAUCAGCUUCGAGAGCUCGGUGAUCCCGUUCUUCGGGAAGAUAGCUCCUUCGGAUACGUACAGGAUAUGGAAGCGAGGAGGAGACUUACGUGCGGAUAUUUCGUUAACCGGGUUCGACCGGUUUAAAAUUCGCCGCGCGAAACAGAGGUUUCUCUUUUUAAGUGAAGGAGUGGAGCUUCUUGAUGACGUGUCUACUCCCGGUACGCUGCUUGUGUUGAACAGAGACGAUAAAACGAUAUCAAACGCGUUCGAAAACGCGGGUAACGAGAGAGAGAUGGAUGUGACGAAAGCAGAGCUCGUUGAGAUGAAGAGCUGGCGAGGGAAAGAGAAGGUCGAGACCGUUGGGAAAUGGAGAGCCAAAGGUUACGAAGUCAAGAACGUGAGAAUGGUCGGAGAGACAGAGCAGAACUCGCCUUCGGACAGUCAGAAUGGUCGGAGUUUCUCGAAACCGUUGACGAGGCAGCUCAGUUGCUCUAACGUCGAGGAGAAAGAAGUUCAGUCGUCGUCGUCGCUGGGGAGGAGUAGAAAGUCCGUUUCUUUACCGGCGGCGGAGGUUCCGGUGGCGGCUUCUGCACCGAGGGUCAAAGAGAAGGAGACUGCGAAGAGCUUGAGUCCUUCGGUUUGGUUGACGAAUGAUUUUCCUUUGAAGACGGAGGAGCUGCUUCCUCUGCUUGAUAUUUUAGCGAUUAAUGUUGAAGCCGUUCGGAGAAUGAGGGAGCUGCUCACCGUUAAGUUUCCGGCGGGAAGUUUCCCGGUUAAGUUGUCGAUACCGGUGAUCCCAACGGUGAAGGCAGUCAUGACAUUCAGCAAGUUCGUGGCUCUCCCGCCGAUGGAUCAGUUCUACACACCAGUGUCAAGCCCAAGACACAUCUCAGCUGGAGUCGAAGACGGAGAAUCUGAUACAAGAACCUCAACUUCACGGCGAUCAUUUUCAACGCCCUCUUGGCUGAAACUGAAGGCUACCAAGAAAAGCUCACAGCGACGGUUGAAGAAGGAGCAGGCACAAAUGGUGGAUCCAUUUGCCAUACCAGCAGGGUAUAAGUGGACGAGCAACUCAGACUAAUCAGGUAAACAAACUGUUUUGGGCUUGGGUGUUUCGGCCAAUGGUUUAUGCAUUAUAGAUGAUUAAUAUACACCUAUGUGUUUCAUUUUGUUGUUGUUGUUGUAAACUUGCCAACCAUGAAGAAUUGAUUGAGCCAAGUCAAAGGAAGAUGAUUACAAUGUUUAUA